AUGGCGUGUCAAUCAGAUCGCUCUCGCUACAAGAAAAUGAAGCGACCCACAAUGCUCUGCUCAGUGAUGGCUUGUGGACUGGCGAUCCUUCUGUGUGGCUGGGUCCUGGCUUCCUGUGAUGGGUCCAACCUGGAUGUGGAGAAGCCCACAGUAUUCAGAGAGGAUGCAGCUGGCUUUGGGCAGACCGUGGUUCAGUUCGGUGGAUCUCGACUUGUGGUGGGAGCCCCUCUGGAGGUAGUGGCGAUCAACCAAACAGGACAGUUGUACAACUGUGCACCUGCCACUGGCAUGUGCCAACCCAUCUUACUGCCCGUUCCCCUAGGGGCAGUGAACAUGUCCCUGGGCCUGUCUCUGGUGGCUGCCACCAACCACUCCCAAUUGCUGGCCUGUGGUCCCACUGUGCAGAGAGCAUGUGCGAAGAACAUGUAUGUAAAAGGUUCCUGCCUCCUUCUAGGCCCCGGCUUGCAGUUGACCCAGGUGGUUCCUGCUACCCUGCCAGAGUGUCCAGGACAAGAGACGGAUGUUGCUUUCCUGAUUGAUGGCUCUGGCAGCAUUGAUCAAAAGGACUUCAACCAGAUGAAGGACUUUGUCAAAGCUCUGAUGGGCCAGGUUGCGAGCAGCAGCACCUCGUUCUCCCUGAUGCAGUACUCAAACCUCCUACAGACCCAUUUUACCUUCAACGAGUUCUGGAAGAGCAUGAGUCCUCAUAGCCUGGUGGACCCCAUCGUCCAGCUGAAAGGCCUGACGUUCACAGCCACAGCCAUCCGGGAAGUGGUGCAAGAGCUAUUUCAUAGCAAGAACGGGGCUCGCAAAAGGGCCAAGAAGAUCCUAAUUGUCAUCACAGAUGGGCAGAAAUACCGAGAUCCCCUGAAGUACAGUGAUGUCAUCCCCGAGGCAGAGAAAGCUAAUGUCGUCCGCUAUGCUAUAGGGGUGGGAGACGCCUUCCAGGAACCCACCGCCCUGGAGGAGCUGAACACCAUUGGCUCAGCUCCUCCACAGGACCACGUGUUCCAGGUGGGCAGCUUUUUAGCACUUGGCAGCAUCCAGAAACAGCUUCAGGAGAAAAUCUUUGCCAUCGAGGGAACCCAACUGAAUUCCAGUAGCUCCUUUCAGCAUGAGAUGUCACAAGAAGGCUUCAGUUCAGCUCUCUCAAUGAAUGGACCAGUUCUAGGGGCUGUGGGAAGCUUCAGCUGGUCUGGAGGUGCCUUCAUAUACCCCCCAAAUAUGAGGCCCACUUUCAUCAAUAUGUCUCAGGAGAAUGUGGACAUGAGUGAUGCUUACCUGGGUUACUCCACCGCACUGGCCAUUUGGAAGGGGGUCCACAGCCUGGUCCUGGGGGCCCCUCGCCAUCAGCACAUGGGGAAGGUCGUCAUCUUUACCCAGGAAUCCGGGCAAUGGAAGGCCGAGUCUGAAGUCAGAGGGACACAGAUUGGCUCCUACUUUGGGGCCUCCCUCUGUUCUGUGGACAUGAAUAGAGAUGGCAGCACUGACUUGGUCCUGAUUGGUGCCCCCCACUACUAUGAGCAGACUCGAGGCGGGCAGGUAUCAGUGUGCCCCAUGCCCGAUGAGAGGAGCAGGUGGCAGUGUAAGGCCACUCUCCGUGGGGAGCAGGGCCAUCCUUGGGGCCGCUUUGGGGCGGCUCUGACAGUGCUAGGGGACGUGAAUGGGGACGGUCUGAUAGACGUGGCUAUUGGUGCCCCUGGAGAGGAGGAGAACAGAGGCGCCAUCUACGUAUUUCACGGAGCCUCGAAACUGGACAUCGCUCUCUCGCCCAGCCAGCGGGUCGCUGGAUCCCAGUUCUCUCCGAGGCUCCAAUAUUUUGGGCAGUCAUUAAGUGGGGGUCAGGACCUUACGCAGGAUGGCCUGGUGGACCUGGCUGUGGGAGCCCAGGGGCACGUGCUGCUGCUCAGGAGUCUGCCUUUGCUGAAAGUGGAGGUCUCCAUAAGAUUUGCCCCCGUGGAGGUGGCAAAGUCUGUGCACCAGUGCUGGAAUAGAACUCCCACUGCCCUCGAAGCUGGCAAGGCCACUGUCUGCCUCACCAUCCACAAAGGUUCACCUGACCAGCUAGGUGAUGUCCAAAGCUCUGUCAGGUAUGACCUGACAUUGGAUCCAGGUCGUCUGAUUUCUCGAGCCAUUUUUGAUGAGACUAAGAACUGGACUUUGACUCGGAGAAAGACUCUGGGGCUUGGUGAUCACUGUGAAACAGUGAAGCUGCUUUUGCCAGACUGUGUGGAGGACGUGGUGAACCCUAUCAUCCUGCGCCUCAACUUUUCCCUGGCAAGAGACCCUGCUUCAUCCAGGAAUCUUCGUCCUGUGCUGGCUGCAGGCUCACAAGAUGACGUGACUUCUUCUCUCCCAUUUGAGAAGAACUGUAAGCAAGAGCUCCUGUGUGAGGGGGACCUGGGCGUCAGCUUUAACUUCUCGGGCCUGCAGAUGAUGGCAGUGGGAAGGGACUCAGAGCUCACCGUGACAGUGACCGUGUGGAAUGAUGGGGAGGACAGCUACGGCACUUUAAUCAAGUUCUACUACCCAGCAGGGCUGUCUUACCGACGGGCGACAGGAACACAGAAGCAACCUCAUCAGCGCCCACUACGCUUGGCAUGUGAGGCUGAGCCCACUGACAAGGAAAGCCUGAGGAGUACCAGCUGUAGCAUCAACCACCCCGUCUUCCGGGAAGGUGCAAAGAGCACCUUCAUGGUCACCUUUGAUGUCUCCUCCAAGGUCUUCCUGGGAGACAGGUUGCUUCUGAGGGCCAGUGCGAGCAGUGAGAAUAAUAAGCCUGAAACCAACACGACUUCCUUCCAGCUGCAGCUCCCGGUGAAGUACACUGUGUACACAGUGAUUAGCAGGCAGGACGAUUCCACCAAGCAUUUCAACUUUUCGUCUUCCAAUGGGCAGAGAAGGAAAGAAGCCGAGCACCGGUAUCGUGUGAAUAACUUGAGUCAGAGGGAGCUGGCCGUCACUGUUCACUUCUGGGUCCCCGUCCUUCUGAACGGCGUGGCUGUGUGGGAUGUGGCUGUGAAGAGCCCAGCACAGGGUGUCUCUUGUGUGUCACAGAGGGAACCUCCUCAGAAUUCUGACUUUCUGACCCAGAUUCAAAGGCGUUCUGUGCUGGACUGCUCCAUUGCCGACUGCCUGCACCUCCGCUGUGACAUCCCCUCCUUGGGCAUUCAGGACGAGCUUGACUUCAUUCUGAAGGGCAACCUCAGCUUCGGCUGGGUCAGUCAGACUUUGCAGAAAAAGGUGUUGCUCACGAGUGUGGCCGAAAUCACCUUCAACACGUCUGUGUACUCCCAACUGUCGGGACAGGAGGCAUUUCUGAGAGCCCAGGUGGAGACAGUGCUAGAAGAAUUGGAGGUCUACGAGCCCACCUUCCUCCUAGUGGGCAGCUCAUUGGGAGGUCUGCUGUUGCUGGCUCUCAUCACAGCGGCACUUUACAAGCUUGGCUUUUUCAAACGUCAGUACAAAGAAAUGCUGGACGCCAAUGCCGCACGGCAUCUUGAAGACCCUGCCGCGGCCGGCGAGGCAGGUGGCAGCUAUGAGACUCCUCCACAUCUGCUUGCGUCCUAG